AUGUCUGCCACCACAAUCAAGAUGUUCGAACUCUCAAUCCAAAAGAACGGGCAGGGCCAAGGACCCAAGACCGGCGGAUUCGCCAAAACAGUUUGCGACUAUAUGAUCAUGCCUGAAGCCCCCCACCUCGAACCCCUUUUCCGCGACGUAUCCAACAAAAACAUCAUCACCCUCACAGUCGACAUUACCAACCCGGACAUUCCCAUGGACUGGGAUCAAGCCACUCGCAAGCUCCACAAAUUCUUCCAAACUCUACGAUCUCAGUACCCCGACGCUGCGCGGUUCGGCGGGCUGAUCAGCGAUUUGCACGGGGGAGAGAUCCGUCUGUUCACUGAAUCGAAGGGAAAGGGUUCUGGCAGCCGACCGGUUCCAUUCAAAUAUUACGGAAAAGAGCAAUUAUUCCUGGAUAGGAGCCAGUGGGUCAUUGCAAAGUGGCUCAAGGCCUUACCCAAGGUGGGCAAGCAGGAGUCAAAUGUCAUGGCUACUAUGGUUUGUGAUGAAGAAUGGAAGAGUGCGUACAAGUUGGGGAAGGAUGGGCCUGGCGGUAGUGUUUCUUCCUGGAAGAGCCAGCCGAAAAACGAGACGAAUCUUAUUUCCGAUGGAUUAUCGUGGCUUUUUCGUUCUGCAGGUAACAUGCUUUCUGCGGGUUUCCCUUCUCGAUAG